AUGGACUACACAGCAUGCAACGUUGUCUACGUCGAUCGCGCGGCCCGCGAAGAUAGACUGGUGACGAGAGAAGACUCCAUAUCGCCCGCUCUCUCCGUUGAUGCUGCAAACCACGUUGAGGAACAUGCGCCGUUUCCUGCGAAUACUGCCCUGGGUGGCAAUCUGCAGGCUUUGCUCAAGACAUUCAGUGAAGUCCAUGUCUGCUCUUCCGGGAAGUCAUGCGUCUCCAAACUGUCCGAGUUGAACCAGGCCUCGAUCGGUGAAUUAAUACCGACACUGGUCCUGAUAGACAUACCCGACGAAGACCAUCUAGACGUCCCGCCCUCGAGAGAGAUACGAGCGCCUUCUCCCGGCUCGAGAUUACAAGUUGAUACGUUACAGGAGGAGCCCGACAUAAUAGACGCAUAUGGGCUUGACCUGCUGCGGUGGAUAGCCUCUGAGAUCCAAUAUCACAGCUUAUCCAAACUGGUAGUCCCGAUUGCAGUUGUUUCGACACCAGAUCCUGCCGAUGCGGUUACAUCCCGAAGGAGAGCCGACUCGAAGCCAGAAACGCCUCAGAUCAGUUACGAAUCCUUCUCAAAUACAAAGAAGUCGGCGGGGUUCGCGACGCCGCUAGAUCAAGUUAGGACCAUAAGAUACCUGGAUGUGGGAGCAGUAGAUGUAUUGACGAGUCCCUUGUUACAAGAGCGGUUACCAAGCCUGGGGAUUCACGCAUACCGGGCACAUAGGGAUGCAUCGAAAGAUCAGAGGGCAUUGUUAGAGAUCAAAAGGGGGAGAAAACGGUCUUGGGUAGGAGUGGAUGAUCAAAAGCCUUACGCAUAUUUACGUGAGGCCAUGGUCUCGGGGCUAAUGGAUGGGAUUUGCAAACUCGGAGGGGAUGAUCAACCUCUUAGCCAUAUGCGAAUAUCAGUGGCCUUAGAUCGCCAGCAGAAGAUUGCAGAGGCCGUCGGGUCGUGGCACUUCUCGGCGCACGAAUUCACAGACGACGAACUUCUUCAUGCAGCAUUACUGAUGCUACAACAUGCGCUCGCGAUGCCAGAACUAGAGCGGUGGCGGAUAUCGACAGAGAACCUUACCGGAUUUCUACUUGCUUGUCGUUCGGCGUACAAUGCCUUUGUCCCUUAUCACAAUUUCCGCCACGUCGUGGAUGUCUUACAAGCCGUCUUCCACUUUCUCGUCCAGCUAGGACGUCUCCCACAAUACCCAAAUUCAGAUCCAGCUCAGGAACCCGCGCCGUCACCUGUCGCCGCUCUCGUAAGACCGUUCGACGCUCUCACACUGCUGAUCACUGCCAUUGGCCACGAUGUUGGCCAUCCUGGGGUCAAUAAUGCUUUUCUUGUCACGCUUAACGCUCCUCUCGCCCAGUUAUACAACGAUCGAUCGGUUCUGGAAUCGUUCCACUGCGCCGCGUACUCUCAAAUCCUUCGUCGCUAUUGGCCAGCAGCCUUUCAAGGGGUCGAGAUGAGGCAGCUGAUGAUCAGCUCGAUACUUGCGACCGAUAUGGGUCUUCAUUUCGAUUAUAUGAAGAAGCUCGGCUGGAUGCAAGAGAAGUUGCAUGCAAAUGGCGGUAGCGGUACCGAUGGCUGGAAUGGCCGACUCCUCGAGGAGCAGCGGGCGCUUGUUUGUUCUUUGCUAAUCAAGUGUGCCGACAUCAGUAAUGUGGCCCGGCGCUUCGAUGUCGCAUGCAAAUGGACGAUGAUAUUGACUGAUGAAUUUUCACGCCAGGCUUCGAUGGAGCAGGACUUGGGCAUUCCUUCCGCCUUAUUUGCGGCUCCUGUCCGGGAGAUUGUGGAGCUUGGGAAGUCCCAGAUUGGCUUUAUGAAUAUGUUUGCGAUUCCUCUCUUCCAGGGAGUGACCGACGUCAUGCCUGCUAUGGAAUUCACCGUUGAAGAACUCCAUCGGAAUAAAACCGCGUGGGAGAAAAGGAUCGAGGAAGAGCAAGCAAAAACAAGACAACACAGUGCUGAUUCUGCAAUGGACGGCAGGUUAUCCCCACGCAUGAUGAGCCUGGCAACACCUUCUGAUGGAAGUCACCAGAAGACAAGUAAUGUCGCUCAGGCUACCGCAAGAUCAGGUAGCGAUUCUGAAUCUAGAAUCAAGGCAAUGCUCGAAAAGAGCCCCUUCUCGCCAUCCAAUGGUGGAUUUGACAAGUCCAUGGAAUGCGGGCAUGAUGGGUCAUCACCAGGACUCUCUACGGGUAGUCCCACUGACUCCAAUCCUUCGCCCAGCGAGGUUACACACAAUCAAUCCUCUCAAAAUUCCUUAAAACCUGACCAGCUUCACCUAAUCUCCCAAACCGCUAGCGCCCCUGGUAGGCUGGAUCAGCCUGGCACAGACGCAGACCUGCCCCCUAAUGGAGAUGAUCAAGUCAAUGGUGUCGAUUUCAAACUUUCUCUGGCUACUGAUCACGUAAGGGCCGACGGGGCAAGGAGAGGCCGAACCGACUGCAAGCAACGAAGCAGCGAUACGACCGAAGGUAGCAAUUCCGCUGCUGGAGAUUCAACCUGGCAUGCUACGAGCGCGGCGACGAGUAAAACGCCCAUAUCGCCCAGUACGCAAGGAACCAGCAUCAUGAGCGAAGACUCGGUAGAAAAGUACAACACGCCUACGGGCACGAGUCCAUUAGCCAGCCAUGCAAGCCCCAUGACGGGCUCUACGGUUUCGACUCCGGGAGAGCACGGUCCAGAGGAUUCAUACGUGAGACAUGAGCCGCAUGAGGGCAAGGGCGUUCUGAUGGAGACGGUGCGACAUCUGAGGAAGAAGCCCAGUAGGUUCCGUAUGAAUGGACUGAAUUUUUGGAAGAGGAGCAAGAGCGCGAGCCCGCCGAUGCCAGGCGAGACACGGCCUGACAAGCAGGUCGUGGGUGGCGAGGACGAAGGGGGUCAAUGGGGUACGAGGAGACAGUGUUCAUGA